AUGCCUAGCCACAUCAAAUUCGCAGAGCCGACGUUGAAUAAACCCACCAAAGACCGCGCCAGGGGGCACAGCCAAGAAAAGGGGUCGACACAAAGAGCACCUUCUCCAGGAAGUGAAAUUAUUUACCCAACAGGAUGGAGACUGGUCCUGACUACUACAGGACUCUUAAUUGGGUUCUUUCUCUCCAAUUUGGAUGUCACAAUUGUAAGCUCGGCUCUCACGAGCAUCACUGAUGAGUUGGAAGGCUUUGAGAAGAGAAGCUGGAUUAUUACUGGAUAUCUGGCCACCUAUACAGGGUCUAUGGCAAUAUGGACGAAAAUCAGCGAUAUAGUUGGCAGGAAACAAACCACAAUUGCUGCUCUUGUUAUCCUACUCGCAUUUUCUACUGGGUGCGGGUGUGCUCAGACAGUUAACCAACUCAUCAUAUUAAGAGCACUCCAAGGAAUUGGGGGCGCUGGCACAUACGCAUUGACAAUCCUAUGCGUCUAUGAGAUAGCUCCUAAAACGAAACUUCCAACCUACAGCAGUCUCAUGUCAUUUUGCCUUGUUUUCGCAUCUUUGAUAGGCCCCAUAAUUGGGGGUGCCCUUGCAGAAGAUUCGGCCUGGCGUUGGACCUUUCUCGUCAAUGCACCGUUGUGCGUCAUUGCGCUUGUUGUUAUCAUCAUUGCCAUGCCCAAAAACUUUGGUCUUGACCAACAUACUCCUUCAUUUCGAACACGCGCCUCAUAUCGCUCAUUUGCUAAUCUCGAUAUAAUGGGAUCGGUUUUGAUGAUGGCUGGCUCAUUUUUAAUAGUCGCGGUCUUGAACGAAACCAACUUGGCAUUCUCGUGGUCCUCCAGGGACGCAAUUGCACUUCUUGUGCUCACGGGAGUUUCGUGGAUUGCUUUCUUUGCCUGGGAAUGGUAUAUCUCAGGCAUCCCAGGCAAAGACCCCAUAUUUCCCAAGCGUUGGCUUGUUGAUCGUCCAUGGCUAGGAAUACUUAUUUCUUCGUUUGUUAUCGGCGCACCUUAUAACGUCGUCCUGGUAUAUGUUCCACAGCAAGCCCAGCUUCUGUUAGAAAAGUCGCCUUUGGAUGCCGGUAUUUAUUUGAUUGGAUAUUCUGCAGUUGCAGCAGUUGCCGCGGCUAUUAUCAAUAUCGCCAGCUCGAAGGGACGCAUCCCAUUCAUUUAUACUCUGCUCGUGGGCUGUACCGUCCAUACUGUUGGUAUUGGGCUUCUCUCAACCAUUGCCACUUCUAGGGGCUUCCACGCAACAGAUAUUGGUUACCUAGUCAUUGCUGGAACAGGGAUGGGUCUGACGAUGGGAAUAUUGGUGCUAUCGACACCAUAUAUAGUCGAGGACAGAGACCUGGCAAUUGCCACUGGCACCAUAGUCCAGCUCCGUUUCCUUGGCGGUGCUAUUGGUCUUGCCAUUGCAUCUAAUAUAUUGAACGGCCGUCUAGCGCAGCGUUUGCGGGGUGUUAUGACAUCGCACGAACUGCACCUAUUCCUCGAGAAUGUGAGAUCGAUAAAAACUCUACCUCCUCAUCUACAGGCAGAUGUGAAGAAUGUUUUCGCCAGCAGCUUCAAUACGCAGCUGAUUGUCAUGAUCGGAUUCGCAGCUGCUCAGCUACCGGCGUCUCUACUACUGUUGAAGACAGGCCGGCAGCUUGCGGCCAACAAACACUCGGCUACGAUCUCAGGGUGA